GGCCCUGUGGGAAUUAGCACAAAACCCCCUGCUGUCUCUGCACAUGUGAGAACAACAAGAAAAGGAUCAAAUGAACAUCUUGUUCUUAAUAUUCAAUCUGAGUCUGAGCAGCUGAUUACUUCCCAUGAAACUGACGAAAAAGGUCAUGUAUUUAAAUCUCUGAAUACAUCUGGACUGAUACCAAAGCAUGGGAGAUUGAUUGCAGACAGGGUUGAUGGAAUUUGGGUUUCAGGAGGCCGGAUACUGAUGAGCAAGCCUGGGGCAAGGCUGGGUCUUAUAGGAUAUUGGAUAUUCUUGCAUCUAUGGCUAUUGGGCUCUAUUUUAUGAUUCCGAUGGAUCAUACAUUGUAAAAAUAUAAUGUAUAUCAUAAUUCUUUAUUAUUAUUAUUUUUAUAUAUUAUAAACAGCCCGAGUCAAUUCUUUCU